AUGACGGUUGUCUCCAAAAACCAGAUGGGAGUUUAUGGGGGUCAACUUAGCGUUUGGUUAACGAAACUUACAUGUUACAAUUCACAUCGUUUGGGAAAUUAUGAUUACAGGCUAUGGGAGACAAGACUAUCUGAUCAGUUCUCCACACUGACUGAUGACGAGGUGUCGGUGUUAUUCUGUUUUCUGUGCUCUGACUCCGGUCCUCCUGACUUGACUGACACAGAGUGGCUGGACUUGCUUAAUGAGAUACGACGGGAAGUAUACCGUAAAGAGAAUCCUGUAACACGUGAGGAAGCACAGCAGAUUCUGGACAGACUGAAGUCACGUGAUUACCUUUGGGAAGAUAAGGAUAAGAUAACGGAGGACACAAAGGAUGAGACAAUGUAUAGGAUAGCAUCAAUACACAGUCGUAUACCAUUCUGGUUCAGUAGUUAUAACACAGCCAGUGUGUACCUGAGAUCAUACAUGUACAACAGAGAACCUGGAGAGAAGUGUGUCAGUGAACUUAGCUGGGAUAACUCACUGAUACGCCGUCUACAGAUGAACAUACUGACUCACGUCACUAUGGAGGACACGAAUAUAUAUGAUGGGAUACACCAGAUAUUAAAUAUCCCAGAAAAUAAAAUCAAAAAGAGUAAAGAUGAACGAGAAAAAAUUCUAACGGAACUAAGAAGAGAAGGGGAGGCUGUACAUUACAGAGGAAGAUCACAGGACAGUGUAGAUCACGUGACGUGGCUCUGGAGAUACUACAGACCUGACAUCGUGAGAUCCUGUAUAGGUCUACAUCCACACUGGGACAUUUACAUCAUCGACAACAAAACCUAUAGAAAACGAACUCAGUUCAUUAUAUUUGUUACCCACGAUCUUGUAUAG